UGGCUUUGCAGAAAUGGUUGGGAUCAGUCACAUGCAAUCUGGCUUCGGCAUGUGAGCAGCGUUCUGCCAAAGACGUUCCGUACUUUUGGAUCCCAAUCAUCGCAUGAGACCAAGGUUGGCUACAUUCUAGACAAUAUCGCGGCUUACUGGCUCACAGAAUAUUGAAAUUCAGUAGUCAAAUAUUGAGCUAGGUACUAUACAGUCAUACAUGAACCACAAGACGCUUGCAAUGUUGAGGUUCAACAAUCAAUACUUCUGUGUAUAUAAAACCUGCAUUUCCCUUGUAUCGACUCCCUUGAUCCCCAUACCAUUCUCAGUGAAAGAAAGCAUCAACUCAGAUCAUCCUACUGCAACUCUUUACAGGCCCACGAAAAUGUUGUCUACACCUCAACACUCCAAUGAGUCGGCCCAGCCACUCCCCCCUACGCCAUACCUGAGGCCUUGCCGGUACCACCCCAAGAAACCAUGCAAAGUCCGACCAGUGCAGACAUUGAGAUUGCUUUCGAUACCCACAGAGCUGCGCUUUAAGAUCUGGGCCGAAGUCGCCCUCCCCCAGGCCGAUAACCAGUCAUCGCCUGUGUACCAAUGGUACGACAACAAGGACCGAGCCGACCAAAGAUUCCUCGACAGAGCCAUAACAGCACAAUGGAAAUUAUCCCUCACCACGGUCUGCGUGCAAAUGAAAAACGAAAUACUGGAUCUGCAUCGUCAACUCAACACAAUCACGCUUAUCGCUAUGAGCGACAUCCAACUGUUCUCAAAACUCUUGAAGUUUUCAGACGCCAACUCAGACGACAUCUCCGACAUUCCGUUCAUGCAGCUCAAUAAAAAUAAUUUACAAAUGCUGCAUUUGGUACUAGAAAUCCGCGAUGGGAUGAAUCCGCCACGAGUUUUGGCCCAGCGAUACUUCCCUAUUAUGCUUAGUCACCGCUAUUGGACAACGACGACCCUAGCCUGGAAGGUGUGUGACUCGACACCAGUCAUACAAUCCCAACCAAACGACAAUCGGAUUCUUCAUUCUUUCAACACAACGGCCACUUCCGAAAAUCACCAAAAAGAAAAUUCGGACAAGAAUUCAAAGUAAUCAUGCCAACAUCAAUGCAAAAGAAUCUUCACGGGAAAACCGUCCUCAUAACCGGCGCGUCCUCCGGCAUUGGGCGAAGCACUGCAUUCGAAUUCGCCCGCACCAGUCCUUCCGACCUCAAACUUGUCCUGACA